ACUAAACUUAGAUGGGUCGCUGAAUAAGUAUAAAGCCCGCUUGGUUGUGAAAGGAUAUUCUCAAAUGGCUGGCAUCGAUUAUUAGGAAACUUUUGCUCCUGUUGCAAGAAUGGAUACCAUUCGGCUGAUCACUACCAUUGCUGCAACUUGUAAGUGGAAGCUUUACCACCUUGAUGUAAAGUCAGCUUUUUUAAAUGGAAAGCUUAAUGAAGAAAUCUACAUUGAGCAACCUCUUGGUUUUGAGAUUGAAUCUGAUAAAGGCAAGGUGUACCGACUCCACAAGGCUUUGUACGGGUUGAAGCAAGCUCCACGAGCUUGGUACAGUAAAAUUGACCCAUUUCUGAUGAAUCACGAUUUCCAAAGAAGUCCAAAUGAAGUCACCUUAUAUGUUUUAAAGAAGACAGAUCAACCUCCUCUAAUCCUGUCUUUGUACGUUGAUGAUUUAUUAAUUACUGGAGGUAAUUCAACUCAGAUUAACAGACUCAAGCUGUUGUUGGAGAAAGAAUUCAGCAUGUCUGAUCUUGAGUUAAUGUCAUACUUUCUGGGCAUUGAAGUCAAGCAGGAAGAUGAUGGCAUUCUGUUAUGUCAACAGAAAUAUGUCAAAGAAGUACUCAAACGAUUCAAAAUGACCCAUUGCAAAGCUGUAUCCACUCCCAUGGCCAUGAAUGAAAAAUUAUCUCUUCAUGAUGGUGUUAGAUUGGAGAAUCCUUCUGAAUAUAGGAGUCUCAUUGGAUGUUUGUUAUACAUCUAUGUCACAAGACCCGAGAUAAUGCAUACUGUGAGUUUUUUGUCAAGGUUCAUGCAGCAACCAUGCCAAUCACAUGCCAUUGCAGCCAAGAGAGUAUUGAGGUAUUUGAAUGGUACAAUCACCUUUGGACUCAAAUUCACCCGAUGUGGUGAAAUCAAAUUAAUGGGAUAUUCAGAUGCUGAGUGGGCCGGCUCUGUUGAUGAUGCAAAGAGUACUUCUGGCUAUGUAUUCUCAAUUGGAAAUGGAGUAUUUUCAUGGUGUUCUCAGAAACAAGAAACUGUGGCUCAGUCCUCAGCAGAGGCUGAGUAUGUCUCUGCAGCAACUGCAGCAAACCAAGCAAUCUGGUUAAGGAAAAUCCUCCAUGACUUGGGAUUCCCACAGGCAACUGCAUUAGAUUUAUUUGUUGAUAAUAAAUAUGCUAUAGUAAUGGCAAAAAAAUCCCGUGUUCCACGGACGUACUAA